AUGUUUCGCCAUCUUUGGGGCUUGCUUUUGGCCGAGGCCACUGCCAGAGCAGCAUGGCCGAAUGGCCCAUUUGUCACGUCUGGACGUGCAAUGACGGAUGCCAGUGGUACGACCGUCACGUAUGUCGGUGUGAACUGGCCGGCAGCAGCAGACACGAUGCUCCCGGACGGUCUGCAAUAUCAGUCAGUGUCGAGCAUCGUGUCCAAGAUCAAGAGUCUGGAUAUGAAUGUCGUGCGCUUGACAUACGCUAUCCAGAUGGUUGAUGAGAUUGAGGGUAACGGGGGCGAUGAUAUCCCGAUCCAGACGGCUUUUACUACGGCGUUGGGCCAGGAGAAUGGGACGGCAGUGUAUAACCAGGUUGUCGCGAAUAAUCCGUCGUUUGGUGCAAAUACCACCCGGCUGCAGGUCUUCGAUGCUGUUGCAAACGAAUGUGCCAAGCAGGAAAUCUAUAUCCACCUGGAUAACCACGUCUCUAAGGCGGGGUGGUGUUGCACCCCAAUCGAUGGCAAUUCGUGGUGGGGAGACAUCUAUUUCUCAACCGCGAACUGGACGCGUGGGCUCUCUUAUAUGGCUGAUCACGGAAAGCAAUGGGCUAAUCUCAUGUCCAUGUCUCUCCGCAAUGAGCUACGCCAGCCAUUCCUCGACGAAAACCUCUUCGCCCAGUCGUACAACUGGCAAGACUGGUAUAAGUACACCAAACAAGGAGCCGACGCUAUCCACAAAGCCAACCCUGACGUUCUCAUAUUCCUCUCCGGACUCGACUCCGACACAAGCCUCAACCCCGUUGUCCAGGGCACCGACCUCACCCCCGGAACAGCCAAGUUCAACCGCGACGAGUUCCAAGCCUACUCCAACAAACUCGUCCUCGAGCUCCACAACUAUGCCAACAUCCUCGGCGGCAGCGGCGUGAACAACUGUACCGCUCUCCAGGAUGAUCUGUUCAACGACGGUUUCCAGAGCCUAUCCGACGACGCGCCGAACCAGUUCCCCCUCGUUAUGACUGAGUUCGGGUUCGUGCAGGAUGCCACGACAUGGAAUGAGACUUUUGCCCGAUGUCUGGAGAGCUACAUACCGGCGCAGGGGGCGGGGUGGACGAUUUGGGUUAUUGCGGGGAGUUAUUAUGUGAGAGAGGGGAAGCAGGAUUAUGAUGAAUCUUGGGGGUUGUUGACGCAUGAUUGGUCGGAUUGGAGGUCGCCGGAGCAUAUUAACGGGGGGUUGAUACCGAUGAUUAAGGCGAGUCUACAUGGCAAGGGGUUUGGGAAUUCCUCAGGGAACAAUAGCUCGGGGACUGGGAAUGAGGAGUCAGAGGCGUUGUUGAGGUAUGAGGGCGGGAUGAGGUUGACAGUGCUAGUCACGUUUGUAUUUGCGUCUUCUUGUCUGAUUCUAUGGCUAUAG